GUCGCCAGGGCAGGUCACGUGACAGCGGCUUCACCAUGGCGGCGCUGGCGGAGAAUCUGUCGUUGGAGAGAGAUGUCGCCAGGGCCAUCGAGCUGCUGGAGAAGUUACAGCGAAGUGGCAACGUCCCGCCGCAGAAGCUGCAGACCUUGCAGCGAGUUCUUCAGAGCAAGUUCUGCUCCGCUAUCCGAGAGGUGUAUGAACAGCUGUACGAGACACUUGACAUCAGUGGCAGCCCCGAGAUCAGAGCUCAUGCGACAGCCAAGGCGACGGUGGCAGCGUUUGCAGCCAGUGAGGGGCAUGCUCACCCUCGCGUUGUGGAACUUCCCAAGACCGACGAGGGGCUCGGCUUCAACAUCAUGGGCGGGAAGGAACAGAACUCCCCCAUCUACAUCUCCCGGAUCAUUCCCGGAGGAGUAGCUGACAGACACGGGGGACUGAAACGUGGAGAUCAGCUUCUCUCCGUUAAUGGAGUGAGCGUGGAGGGGGAGCAGCAUGAGAAGGCAGUGGAGCUGCUGAAGGCGGCACAGGGCACAGUGAAGCUGGUGGUGCGUUACACGCCCAAGGUGCUAGAGGAGAUGGAGGCUCGCUUUGAGAAGAUGAGGACAGCUCGGCGCAGGCAGCAACACACCAGCUACUCGUAGGUCUCAGCAAGGCAGAGGCUGCCGGUCGCUGGAAUCAAGAGGAUAGCCACCCCGAGCUCCUGUUUCCAGAGGAGGGCCUGCUACCAAGCAUGUGACAGCUGUUGUGCGUGUAGCCAAAUGGCCCCAAACUUUAGGUCUGACCAUGAAAAACGACGCGCUUAAUUACACUGUUCAGAGGUAUCAUCUUUUCAUGCGUAUGUUGUUGGGAGAGAUUUGUGGGGUUGGUGGAGAUGAGUGGUGGGUGAUUCAGUGCAGUACUGUGAUCGUGGUGUAGCUGAGCAAACGUCAGGGACAUUUCUUGUUUAAGGUGACACCCCUUUACAUAUCAUGAGCUUACAAAGGGCUGGAAUCUCCAGCUGGCAAAGGUGUUUACUCCUAGUUCUUGUGAAUUGACCGACAUGUUUUCACCACUUCUCUCCUUUCCCUGCGAUCAAUGGCUUCUUUCAUUCCGAGGCUUGAGGUAACAUUUAAACGCCAUGAUUUGAGUUCUUCAUUCAUUAAUAGGAAUUCCACUGGCAAAGGUGUUUGGUUGGAUGAGAGAUCUGUUUAGGAUGAGGACCACAAGUUUACAUUUAACAUUUAUAUUUUAAGACAUUUCUAUUUAGCAAGCAAACGAGGUUUAUGUUUGUUCGACUUGAGGUUUUGUUCCUCUCAGUAUGAAUUUGGCUUUGUUUGACGGGAUAGGGUCAGGUAAACAUGGACCGGACCCCGUUAUCUGAGAGAUUUGUUACCUAUUGAAAUUGCAGAGGCAUUAUUUAAUAAUUUGGAACUCUGAAGAGAAUUGCAUCUAUUUGUGGAAAAGCAUUAAAUGCGAAACGGCUGAGGUUGAUUUAAGAUUCCCAAUAGAAUUCUGUCUCCUCCCCCACUCCUCCCCCCAGUCCUCCAGGAAGAAAUAUCUGGCAAACAAUUGUAUAACAGCACUAAUUAUUUUUGUCUUUGUGUAAGCAACUGACUGCAGUUUACCUGAAAAAAGCAUUGAUCUGAUGUGAACCUGGUUCCUUCUGGGCAGAUGGUGUCAGCCUGUAAAGUUGUGCUGUUGUAUCCUGGCUCAGACCCUGGUUUGAACCCAGACCCACAGACUACGUUGUCCUUAUGGGUUACAUAUGUUGAAGCCUCUCCUUAGCUGACUUUCUCGUGGUUCAGUCUGCCCUCCCGCCCCUCCCUCCUGGAUUUGUUGUAUUCUGGUAAAGAUGUGGACUGCCAUAGUUCAUAAUCCAUCAUUCAGGGUACAGCAAUCACCUUUCCUACCGGGCCCGUUACUGGUUGUGUUGUGAAUGUAGCACGGACCAUUUUCUCACUGGGAUGAGCAGAAUCCUGCCCUGGCACCCUUCAAUCCCUGCUGUUCUUACUGAAGUAGUUACUGAAGGCCAUUGUGCCCAUCGGGCUAGUACUGUGCCAGUGAUGCUGCCCACCUGGCUGCUUACUGUCACAGUCAGUGCAUCAGGUUCUCAUGGUAGCAGUUGUAUCUGCCCAGCCGAGGGUAACAGAGUGACCAGUAAUUGGUGCACAUCUUCGUCUGAUUAAAGAUGUGAGAGGGAA